AUGACAGCUGAGACUGUUCGUCUGCAUAUCUCGCCGUUGACGCCGGCGCUUCUACCUGCAGUGCUCGGACCUGCGCUGAUAGCAGCGGCGGAAAACGUCUCCUACCACGACAUACAGACAUUUCCGGAGAACAGCUACGGAUUCGUUGACUUGCCAAAGGCUGAUGCAGAACGUCUGAAGCGCAAAUUGAGUGGUGCGAUCUUGAAAGGCUCCAAGAUGAAGGUGGACGAGGCGAAACCAAAGAAGCGCAGACGGACUGAGGCUGCCGACGAGGCUACAGAUGAGCAACAGUCUAUCGAGACUGCCAACGGCGAUCGCAAGAAGAAGCGCAAGUCGACUAAGGAGAACAUCGUCGCUGGCCACGAACUAUCGCCAGAGCGCAAAGUGAAGCGCGCAUGGACGGAGCCGCGGAAAAAGAAACGAAGCAAAAGUAAGGGUGCUGAUACAGAACAAGAGGCAUCAAAAUAUACUGAUAAGGAGGAACUCCUAUUCCGCACCAAUGUCCCAGCCAACAAGACCGAUCUGGUCGUUAAGAAGGACAAGAAAUCGAAGAAAUCGAAGAGCGGAAGAGAAACUACUACGAUACAUGAAUUCGAAAAGACCACGACUCAGCCCACGUUUUUGAAAGAACAGAAUCUAGAGUCAAAGCAAAACUUGACCUACGAAGAUGGGAAGGGCUGGGUUAAUGCACAAGGGGAUGUGGUAGAGCCCGAGCCAAAGCGGGCAGCACAAGAGCGGGCUCGAGUCGCACGUCGUAAGAGGAAAGUACAAGCAACACAGCCUGUACCGUCUUCAAAAAGCGCCCCGGAUCAGGGAGUCGAGACUAGCGAGACUUCGAACGAAAGCGAGAGCGAUAACAAGGCGACCUCAGCCGCCACAAAACCAGAGCAGGACAAAUCCACCGGCGAAGACGCGGCUGUUGCCUCUGUUGAAGCAGCAGUGGCAUCUCCCUCCUCAGCUUCACAAUCCUCGGAGGUAGCCAACAAGCAGGAUGCAGUUCCAGUCGAAGCUCAUCCACUCGAAUCCCUCUUUAAACGCCCUCAGAAGCCCACAUCCCAAGACGUCGCCAAACCCUCCCUCGAGAUCUCGACCGCCUUCUCCUUCUUCGACCACGACACUGACGAAGACCCCGACGAACCACCCAUGCCAUUAACACCUUUCACCUCCCAAGACCUGCGAAGCCGAGGACUACGCAGUGCCGCACCAACUCCAGAUACAGCCUUCCCCAGCCGCUUCAACAGCCACAGCAGCCCUGAUAUAGACAGAGAAAACGAUGGUGAUGCUCACGAAACUUACGACAAUCCAGCGAAUCAUGCAGAGCAAUUUUCCGACCCAAAAGCAAGUCCUUCAAGGACACCAACAGCAAGUACGGUGAGCGAUUUUGAAAAGCACUUCUGGGAGAAGCGCGGGGAAAACAAUCGAGCGUGGAAGGCGAGACGGCGGGCUGUGUUGAAGGAGAAGCGGCACCGAGAGAACAAGGCGAGGAGACCAAAGAAUUGGUAA